AGACAAGAAAUUUACUACACAAAGUCGAUUUCGAGAACAGGCAUUUAGAAUGUUAUAUGUUUAUGAAUAAAGUGUUUACCUUCGCUUAUACAUAGAUAUAAUUUUAGCGGUUUAAGGGAAUUGGUUUUAGUAUUGGUUUCGCAACAGUUUGAAGGCAAAACGGUGAUAUAUUUCCAUUAAUUCUGAAUUGGGAGCUAAACCUAAUACGACCAUACAGGAUCUUAUAUUAGACAAAUAUCAGAAGCAUCAUGUGUUGUUGCUCAAUAUCACAUUUCAUCUUCUAUCUGUUGAAUACAUUUAUUUGGUUCACCGGUCUUAGUACUCUUGGCAUAGGAAUUUGGUUAUUGGUGGAUUCAGAUAUACAGCAAGCAUUAACGGUGUCAGGCUUGGAGGAUUAUACAGCUGGCGCCAUCGUGUUUGUAGUGGUUGGCUCGAUCAUAUUCCUUGUUGGGUUUAUAGGCUGCUGUGGAGUCCAUAAUAAGAAAAGCAGUCUUAAAAUAAUGUAUAUUAUUUUUCUGGGUGGGAUUUUUGCUGCAGAGAUUGGAAUAGGAAUCUGGGCACUGGAAAACAACACUUCGCUGGAAAGUAAAAUAAACUCAAAUAUGAACGUUACUGGAACUUUGCUAAACAAAACGACAGACAGUAAUUACAAGGAACUUGAACAAAGUUUUGAAUGCUGUGGUGCUACACAAGGGUGUAUUGACUGGGAAUUAGAAUCCAAAAGCUUUGGCUGCGAAUGCAACACUACUUCGGAAAACUGUGUACCAGUACCGGCAAAUUGUUUGUCAAAUUCGACACGAAUUUAUUUACAACCAUGCUCUGAAUCGAUUUAUAACGUUCUGUCUCAAAAUUUACUCGUGGUUGGUGGUGUAGGAAUAGCGUUCAGUGCAAUAGAGAUCUUAGCCAUAGUCAUGACUCUGUUUCUGCUGUGUUGUGAUAACAAAGUUGGGAGCGGCUGAAGUUCAAACAUGUUAUGCUCCCGAUGCACGAACGUAAUACUGAAUUUUAAUUGCUUUUAUUCUGAAUCCGUAUUCAAACUGUAUAUAGGCAGUGUGCAUGUGUUAUAUACGCUCAUGCCAAAUUAUAUUCUUAAUUGAUCACCACUGUUUUCUGAGUUCUGAUCACGUGUUUUAUGUCUUUCUUAAGUGCUUGAAACUAUUUUCUAAAUAAAAAAAGUUGAUCAUGUUU